GAUCUCUUCAUUCAGCGAGUGCAACCCGGUUCGAUUAAACGUGUUUUCCUCGAUUCGCUCGUCGCCAACUGACUGACCGUGUCGUGUGUGCGUGUAGUUGUAUGCUUUACAGCAUACAUUCUGUGAUACCCUGCCGCUCUACAUCGCAGUUGGCAUCGGUUUCUGUUUGCAGUGCGCUUUUUGUGCGAAUUUGAAUUCAAACAAACGACAAUCGUGGGGGUGAGGGGUGCAGUUAUCGCAUAGUGAUAAUCGCGUGAGAUUCAAAACGAUAUUAUCAGAGUGAAACAAUAGGGUUUGCGAAAGUCGUUUCGCCAGUAGAUCGUGAAAACAUAAUCAUUCUAUACAGAGUGGGUACCUCUAGCUCCACUAAAAAAAACGACAGUUGUUCUGGUUGUGCUCACUCGACUCGAAGUGUUAUUGUUAGUGUUAUUCAACCUUGCUUAGUCAGUAGAUUUCGUCACUGCCGGCAGUUGGUUUCAGUGUUGGUGUGAGUGCUCCACACACAUUUGACCAAAUCGUCUGUCUGUAGGUAGAGAGCACGCGAUCUCCAUUUCCACCGUUCCAGUUGGAAUCGAUCGUCGUGUACGGACGGACGCGCAAUGAACCAAUAAUGGAGCGUUUAUCGUCGAAAGUGAUCUUGGUGGUGGUGGCGGUGAUCGCGCUCCUUGGCAGCGGUUCCGACGCCGCCCGGAAGCUGAAGGGAUCGACCGAUGUGGACGCCCUUCGGCAUCGGUACUUUGAGCUGGAAAAUCGCGCCUGGACGAUCGUGAACCAGAUCGAUAAGGUCGACAACCAGAAGGAAGAUGAUCGUCGAGUUCAGCGGAACAUCAUCCUGAAGGAGCUGAUCGACAUCUACUCCGGCUUUGCGAACGAUGAUAUCGGGCCGGAGAACUCGUACGACGAGGACGACUACUACAUUCUGAAGCGGUUCUACGAGUGGCAACUGCUGGAACAGGACCUGAUCAACGUCCACAAGCUGUUCGAUGCGAUCAGACAGUUCAUGGCAAACCGGAAUCAGCUGCCCGCGGAUGAUGCGGACUUCGAACUGGCCAGUAUGGACAUCACCGAUACCGUGCUGAGCGAUCCUCAAUUCCCGGUCAACUCGACGCUGGACGAGAUCGAUCGCAUCAUGAUCCGCCAGGGGAUGUACUACAAGGCGCAACUGGAAGCCAAAUCGACGAUCUGCAGCUUUGGACUGUCGGCCCAACAGGUUCUCUAUCAGCUGUACAAUGCCAUCUCGAUCACGGAACUGAAGGGCUACUCGAUGAUGCAGUUCUCGUGGAUGCUGCUGAAAACCUACGGCAAAGGAAACUUCACCACGGAAGCGAAGCUGAUGCGGCGUCGCUUCGAAGACCGGACCAACCGGACGCAGAGUCUGCUGCAGCGGGUCAUGACCCAGGCGAGCCGAGAGUACUGGCGAUGUGAUCCGGACCACAGCAAGCACAAGGAGGGCGAAACGUACGUCCAGUUGACCCGGCUACUCCAGGGCUACGUCGAGAACGAAGUGGACAUGAACACGGACAACACCUGCAAGGAGAACUGUGCCUACUACAACUGGGGCGUCCGGCAGGAGCAGUGCUACAAGGACCUGUACUGCUCCAAGCAACCGAAGUGCGCCGGAAAGAUGUACAGCUGCGAGUAUGUGGACUCCGAUAUGUGGAUCUGUCCGGCUGCGAGCAGCAGUAAUCGGCGGUACGAGUUCAUCGAGUACGAGAACGGUAUGGUAAUGGGCCAGAAGAAGCACUGCACCCGGGGAACGACCAAGGUCGAUUCCUGGUGGCGCUGGCUGUUCUGGCACUGCAGCUACUGCUUCUGCCUGUGCGACGACUCCGGCCCCAAGUCCGAUCGGUACAUCAACAUGCGGGAGUCGGUCUCGGAUGUCAUGAACAACAAAGUCGUCACCGGAUUGCGUUUCAUCAAGAAGAACCGUAUAAUCUUCCUGAUCGUUCAGGAAGGCCAAUUGCUGCCGCGAGGCCAAAUCGAUAACACCACCCUGCAGUGGGUCGAACCGGAGGCGUACAACAUCCUGUCGCCGUACAUUCGCGCCAAGGUGGACUACAACGUGAUGAACUAUGAGAACCGGGCCAUGGAUCUGGACGACAUCAUCCUGCAACCGCCGUACGUCGUGACGGGCGUUCGCUUCCGGAUGCUGGGCACUCACAUGAACCUGGAGGUGCGCAUGACCGAGAUGGACUUCGGUUCCGGCAAACUAAUCGACCCGGACAAGAGCAUCUGGGUGGGAAGCGACAAGACCGAACACAGUGAGGAUAAGAGGACCGAAAUGAAGCUGGACAAACCGCACAUCCCGAUUCUCAGCCCGACCAAAUCCGUUCCGGAUUCGGAACCCAACCAGUUCAUCAAGUUCCGCGAGAGUGACCGCGGCAUGGACGCCGCACAAACCACGGUACCCUUCUUCGAUGCCCAACCGGUGGUCCCCAGUAAGCAAACGCCCCUCGGUGGAGCCGGCCUGUUUCACAAGGGACGGCCCAAGUUUGGUGGAUUCAUGGCUCCGCGGGUGUUCACCUAUGACGUGGGACCACACGUCCAGCAACCGCUGGAUCAGGUAACCGAUGAGGAACGGCGUCGCUAUUUGGAAGGCUAGAGAGACGAUAGGGGAGGCGCGAGAACCGAUGGACUUUAAGCAAGAAGCCACUGAUUAUGAAUCCAGUUCCAGUUCAAAAAACCGAAUCAGAAUCAAAAUUGUGUAAUUUAAGUGUAUCUCCUUUUAGUAGUAUUAUGCUGUAGUAGACGUGAUAAGCUGUGCUAAUAAAUUAAUCCCAA